UUUAAAAUGGAAUGGUUUCUAAUAAUUGUAACGAUAGUGAUGGCAUUUUUAUUACUACUUGUGAACUUCUACUUACUUGUAUUAUAUUGUCAUCGUAUUAUAAUGAAAUUUAUAAUAUAUAGCGGAUGAUAGUGGUUGGGGUUCGUCAUUAGUAUGCAAAGUAUUUGUGAUUAUUGGAAUGACAUUGACAUGGGCUUAAGUGUUAAUGUUACCAUUAGAUGCAGCAAAUUCAAGGUAAUGAUAUUGAUAAAUGAAAUUAGAGGGCUUGGAGAAGGUUUAGAUAUGGAUUUCUUUUGGAAGUUUAUUUAUAUGUUGAUAUUAAUAUUUGGAACUCUUUUCAUUCCAUUUGCUUAAUAUUAUUAUGAAUCAGAUGAUGAGAAAUCAGUAGGUUAAAGAUGUUGUGCAGCACUUUAUUAAUAAUUAUGUUUCGUUAUAAUAAUAGCUCUUUUGUUAUUUAUUUCUUAUGCAUUUUUAAGAUUUGCAGAUAUUCCAAUAUUUAUAUCAUUAAAAUCUUGUUCAUAACCAACAGUAUUUAUGAAUUCAGAUACUCCAUUUACAGGUGUAGCAAAUUCUUUAUAAGAAGAUUCUGAAGAUACUUUGGAAUAUGAAGUAAGUUUUCCUGUUUAUGUAAUGGCAUUUAUGUCAUUAUUUGGAUAUUGUUUAUUUGUGCUUUUUGGUGGAGUUGGUUUAACAGCAUUGCCAGUAGAUCUUAUUUAAGAAUUUAUAAAUAGACCUAAAAAAUUGACAUCUGCUGAAGGAGCUUAGAAAAAAGGAAGUUUAAGAAGAAAAGCAUUUGAAUUAAUAGAUGAAGGCAAUAAAAUUAAGGAUGAUUAAAAAGAUGCUAUAAUAUAAGAUGGUUGGUGGGCUAGAUAUAAAGAAAAAAGAAGAGUGAGAACAUAAUUUACUAAAUAUAAAAAUGCUGUUUUAUGUUUAGAUAGAGAUUAUGAAAUAUUUAAACUAGAACUUAAAUAUUUUGAUACAAAUCCAAUCAUUUGGUAUUUUAAAUUUGUAUUUGGCAUAAUAUUUUCUAUUCUUUCUUUUAUUUGGUGGUUACAUAUGUACUUAUAUAUUAUUAUUAAUAAUCUAGAUUAUUAUUUAUUGUCAUAAGAGAUUCCGAUGGAAUAUCCGCAAGUCCCUUUCUUAAUAAAAUAUUGAUUGGUUUAGAAGAUGGAAAUGCUGGAUUUUUAUGUGUUGGUAUCUUUGCAUUCCUUUGUAUAUAUCUAUUAUGGUGUACAUAAAAAGGAAAUAUUAAAUUUGGUCUUAGAAUUCCUAUCCUAUUCUCUUUACAUAUUAUGAAGUAUAAUAUUAUAUUUAAAUUUUAGAGUAAAUGAAACCUGGAUGAAUACUUUUCUUUUUAAUGUACAACUUAUGUUAAUUUGUUCAGUUGCCGUCACAUAAUUUUGUACCAAAGCUUUUUCAUAAUAUAUUAGACUAAGCACCCUUAAUAGUAUUAAUUCAUUUUAAAAUAGUGCUUUUUACUACUUAAAUCUAGUAUCUACGUUUCUUUACUUACUUAUAUUCAAACAAUGUUUUUGAAAUCAUUCUACUUGUUUGGUCAGUAUUAACAAUGAUCUAUUUGCUUAUCAGAAGAUCGGAUAAACCUAAAAUGUUAAAAGAAAUAGAGGAAAUGUAAAAAUUAUAAUUCAAAUGAAC